AUGCGCUACUCUGCUGUUCUCGCUUCGGCCCUUGCUGGGAGCGUGGUUGCUAUGCCAUACUUGGAGGAGCGAGCACUCGUCACCCGUCUUCACACGGCGACCGCGAUUGAAACAGUCGUUGUCUUCGUCACGGUCACCCGCGCUCGAUCAUCUUCUGUCCCGGGUCAGCAGCCUACGGGAACCGCAGCACCAAUCGGCUUGACCUUGACCUCCUCCACGCCAUCCAGGGCUGCGUCGUCGUCGGUCCGUGUGAGUUCUGCGUCUAGCGCCGCCUCCAUUGCGACCGCUGUGGGCUCUCCGACCAGGGUGAGCUCAUCCGUCGCGGUACAAUCGUCCAGCCGAGCUGUUUCUUCAUCUCCCGCGGUGCGGUCUUCAACCCAGGCUGUCUCUUCAUCUACUUUGCCGUCACCCACUGCUUCUUCGCAGGUUGGACCGAGCCAUGUGAGCGGCCCUGCGCAGGCAACUCUUUCUUCAGGCGUCGACUACCGCAACGCUAUUCUGUACCACCACAACGCUGCCCGUGCCAAUCACCGAGCUGCGCCACUCGUAUGGGACACGAGCUGCGAACAGAAUGCCCGUAUUGCCGCCGAGACGUGCAACUUUGCGCAUUACAUUCCUGACGGCGUCCGAAAUGGCCAAAACCUCUUCACUGUCUCUGGCAACGCGUUCAACGUCACCGCUGGCAUCACGGAGAGCUGGUAUAAGGGCGAGCUCCCGUACAUGAACGGAAACUUUGGCCUCGCCAGUCUCAGUGACAACGUCUUCCACCAGGUUGGCCACUUGACCCAGCUGCUCUGGCAGGAUACUACCGGUGUCGGCUGUGUCUCCAUCGACUGUGGCACCAAUAUGAAGGUGGGCGGCGUCCAGUCCACUUUGAACAAGUUCACCGUCUGCAACUACGCGCCGCCAGGCAACAUUGCUGGCCAGUACGGUGCAAAGGUCCAACCACCCAUCUCCACCACCAACCUUGGUAGCUGGUCUGAUUAG